UAGAGAACUAUGUCUAAAAUAUAAAUUAAAAUUUCAAUAUACUAAAAAACUUGUGAUGCACACAGUAUAUAAACUAAAUUAAAAAAGUGUUUUUUAGGUCGCGCUUGGAAAUAGUAGUAAUUAAGAAAAGAUCGUGCUAUUUUACUCUCAGCUGAUUGCCAGUCUGCACACACCUCCCCCGGCAAAAUAACAAAGAGUAAGAAGAAGAAGAGUAAACUCCAGGAAGAAGAAACGGAGUUACGUGCUAAAAAAUCAUGUCUAGCGACGAUAGUAGUAGUGACAGCAGUUCCUCUAGUGACGAAAGACACCGCAAACGGAAGCACAAGAAGCACAGCAAAGAUAUUGACAAGUCAAAAAAAAAAAAGUCAAAGAAACACAAGAAGGAGAAGCGUCGCCACAAGGAGAAAAAGCGCAGUAGGCAGGAGGACGAAAGGCGUGUGCCCAAUCCGCAACCUGCUGCUUUUAUUUCUCCACCAGAUUUGCCUUCAAAUAGCCAAGAUGCAUUUGGUCCUGCCCUGCCACCGCAUUUAAGAAAGUCUAGUCAGCCGGUAAUCUCAGAAGAGCGCAGACUAGAACCGCAGGCAAUGAUAGGACCUAUCCUUCCCAGCAAUUUGGUCAAAGAAAAAUCUCCUAUUAAAAAUGAUUCUGGGGGAGAUGAUGAUGAUCUCGCUGGCACCUUUGGCCCACUACCGAACGCGAGCCAAGUGGCCCUAGAGGAGCGUGCUCUGGCCCUCAAACUGGCAGCUUUGGAGGGCGGAGGAUUGGGUACAACAACAGACCAAGAUGCGCGCGAAGAGUGGAUGCUGGAGCUGCCGGAUGUGGGCUUAAAAAGCGGUCUUGCCGCCCUCAAUAACAUGAAGCGCACUUUCUACCAAGGAAAAGAGCGUCCCGACUUUAGCGAUCGAUCAUCCUGGACGAAGACACCCCAGAGUGAAACCGCUGUUGCUGCAUCGGGUCCUAAGUCUCUUAGCUCCAAGGAACUGGAGCAAAUGGCCCAAGCCAAAUACGAGCAGCAGCGCGAUGAUGAACAGGAGAGCAUGGCUAAAAAAACACAAAAGAAGCACAAACGUGAUGAGUCUCUAAUGGAUCUGCAUCAAAAAAAGCUGAGAAAGGAACAGCGAGAAAAGGAAAAGGAAUUGGCUGCCUCGGGUUCAAAGCCAGAACGAAGACCUUUUAGCAGGGAUGUGGACUUGAAGCUUAACAAAAUCGACAAAAACCAAACCAAGCAGAUAGUGGAUAAGGCCAAAAUACUCAACACCAAGUUCUCCAGAGGUCAAGCCAAGUAUCUGUAGUAGUAAUGGAAAAAUAACUACCGCAAAAGGCCACUUUUUCAAAAUACAGAAAUUCAAAUUUUCAGAAUUACUUGAUUAUAUCUUGGAAAUAAGUAAUUUGCAAAUGCAUAAGUUUUUUUAGGCAAAGAUCAGUUCAAAUUUCAUACACUUAUAGUAAUAGACAAUAAAGUAAAAAAAACAAAAUGA